UUCUGACGACAUUACUUUGCGACGCCAGUUCAGUCCUCCUCAUCACCCUGAGUUGAAAAUGGCGUCCUCGUUUUGGAAAGGGAUUGUCGGCGUUGGACUUUUUGCCUUAGCUCAUGCAGCUUUCUCAGCAGCACAGCACCGAUCAUACAUGCGCCUCACAGAGAAGGAGAAUGAAAUGUUACCAAUAGAUAUUGUUCUACAGACGUUAUUGUCGUUUGUCAUGACCUGUUAUGGUAUUGUCCAUAUUGCUGGCGAGUUCAGAGAAAUGGACGCCUCUUCAGAGUUGAAAAAUAGAACAUUUGACACGCUCCGGAACCACCCGUCCUUCUACCUUUUCAACCACCGGGGGAGAGUACUGUUCCGCACCCCUGAGCAGGAGGCUUCCUCCGCCCGCAACCAACAGGCUCUUCCGAACCCACUACGACUACGCAAGCUGGAAAAUUUUCAAUGACACUGGCCUCAUGUCGUCCUCUUCUGUGCCCAGAUGAGUUUGCUUUUUGUCUAGAUCAAAAGGCAAAGUGAGAAUUAAUACCCCCCCUCUUUAAUUGGUCUUGUACAUAAACUAAUAUGCUGGCUGUCCAUGCAUCUCUCUGACUUUCUGUCUCUUUCUGUCUCUCUCCAUGAAACUCAUCAUUACUAUAUUUAACAGAUUGUGCCAACCUUUCCAUUUUGUUGUCAGGCAGAUUUGUUUUGUAGUCAUCAUAACUGCUUUGGAGUCUUAAUAUUUGGAGACGCCUGCCCCUUUCAUUUUUUUCUUGUCCCUUUUGAGCAGAAACCGGGCUAUUGAUCCUGUCCCUUCUGAGCAGAAACCUAAUUGAUAUCCAUUGUUGGAAUGAGGGGCAAGGCAUGUCUCAUGAACCGUUGCCUAUGUCCAAGCCGCCGCAGUUUAUAUUUUUAUUUAUUUAUUGUUAACAGAGUUGUAAGAUCUAACAAUGGACACUUGACUUUUGAGAGAAUACCAUAAUAAUUUCCUGUGGACUGUCUGAGUCUAAUUUGUUAAUUGUGUAUGCACUGAAAGGCUUGGUCCAUGAGGUCUAUCGGUGCCCGAACAAGGCAAGAUAGGGGAAUAUUAAGCUGAGGAAAGUGGUGUCACAGUUGCUGAAAUGAGUGUGUGAACCCCGAUUAGAAAAGUAAUAAUUUGUUCGUAAGGGUUUCCCUUCAUAUUUGUUAAGAUUUAAGACUUUUUAUUUAAUAAAAGCAGACUGAUUUUAAAAAUGUCAGUAUUUUCCUUGAUUUUGGAUCAGUUUUGUAUUCUGAUGUAGUAACAGUGAUCACUCUUUCUAACCAAAGGAGUUUUGCCACCAGCUGUAUAAAUGUAAAGAACUGUUUAACUUUUAAAAUCUCCUCACAUGGUUUGGAACUGAUUACCGACUGUCUUGAUUACAUAUUUUAGAUCCUAGUUAUGAUUUUGUUGAAAAACAACGUGCAUGUGGACCUUGACCACCACUCCAACUGGGUUUGUUUGUUGCUGGAUGGAAGUGGUUCCAUCUUAAACCCAGUAUUACCAAUACUUGUCAUGGGGAUAUGAUUUGAGAUAAUGUAUAUCUGGGGUAGUUGAGCCAGUCAGACAUCCAACAGUGAUUGAUAUACCAUUAAUAAAGUGCAAUGUCCACUUGUAUGGACAUGGGAGAACCGCAAACAAAAGGCAGACAGUGGGCAGCUUUGGCCAUCUCAACUGCUAUUCUCUUUUGUAUAAUUUAAUUUAGAUAAUAACUAAGGUUUUUUAUGUAUAAAAUAUAGUGAAUUUGCAUGGUGAAGUUGGUUGUAUGGGUCUUUGACUUCCAAAGUACUUCCUGUUCACGACAGCUUGUAUACUUAUUGAGAAUUACAAAGUAACAAACUUUUAUCCCCCCAUAAUUUAUAUUUUAAUUUGAUUCCGUAGCAAGAUUUGAUUGGCAAAGAUAAAAGGUUCUCAUUGUGUAUGCAAAUGAUUCAUUUCUUUAGGCAAUAGAGUGUCUUGUUAUAAUAUUCAGCAAUGCACAACAUUCUGCCCAUGUAUGUGUUUUCUUUUGUUAUUAAAAAACGUAAGAUCACAAAA